AUGGCGCCUCCCAGUGUAUUGAUGGUCGGCACCGGCGAGUACACCACCGGCUUCGUUGGCGGUGCUGCCUCCGGAUCAGACAAAAAGGUCGGUGUGGUCGGUCUAUCAUUGUUUGACUUGCGCCGUCGUGGCAAGGUGGGCGACCUGAGCAUGGUUGGUGUAUCCGGCAAGAAAUACCCUGGCAUCCGCGACCACCUACACCGCAACAUCAGCCAGGUCUACAACGGCCUCGAUGUGUCUUUCACCUCAUACCCAGCGGAUGACCAGACUGACCCGGACGCCUACAAAACGGCAAUCGACGCUCUCCCCAAGGGCUCCGCGAUCACAAUCUUCACCCCAACCCAACGCACUAUCCCAUUGCCCUCUAUGCGAUUGAGCGGGCCCGCAACCCAGAAACUAGAAGACCAUCUCGCCCUCAUUGAAGCUGCGCGCAAACACGGCGUCUUUGUCUUCGUCGAGCACCACAAACGCUUCGACCCCGCGUACUCAGACGCCCGUGCAAAGGCCCAGUCCCUCGGUGACUUCAACUACUUCUACAGCUACAUGAGCCAGCCCAAAAGCCAGCUGGAGACCUUCAAAGCGUGGGCCGGCAAGGAGUCCGAUAUCUCCUACUACCUGAACUCGCACCACAUCGAUAUUAACGAGAGCAUGGUGCCGGAUUAUAAGCCUGUGCGGGUCACGGCGACGGCGUCGCAGGGUAUUGCUGCGGAGUUGGGCUGUGUCCCGGAGACUGAAGACACUAUUACCCUUUUGGUGGAGUGGCGCCGGCGUGAUAAUCCGGGGAAGAUUGCUACGGGGGUGUAUACGGCUAGCUGGACUGCGCCGCAGAAUGCGGGCGUGCAUUCGGCGCAGUACUUCCAUUAUCUUGGGGCUAAGGGUGAGAUCCGGGUGAAUCAGGCUAAGCGGAGCUAUGAUGUGACGACGGAUGAAGGGGGUCUGGUAUGGGUGAACCCUUUCUAUAUGCGAUAUGCCCCUGAUGAAGAAGGGAAUUUUGGUGGCCAGACUGGAUAUGGCUAUGUCAGCUUCGAGAAGUUCAUUGACGCUGUGACUGCUGUGAAUGAGGGCCGGGUGACCCUCGACCAGCUUGAUGCUCGCCCUUUGCCUACUCUCCGCAAUACCAUUGGUACCACUGCGAUUCUGCAUGCUGGCCGAAAGUCGCUUGAUGAGCGACGACCAGUGGAGAUUGUGUCAGAGGGGGACAAGUGGGAGCUGAAGUAA